AAUUCUUACUGGCACGUGUCUGACUUGAAACAAUGUAAUGUAUUUAUAUCAGCAUUUGUGUUAGCGAAUUUAAAAGAGGCAUUACAGCAAGAAAAUGUAAUUUAAAUGUUAAACGGUGCUGCUUGUGCCGCAUCAAAUUAUUAUGCCUGCCUUGUAGUAACCCCUCCCCUUCUUCAGGGUGUUGUGAAAUGAUUUAUAAUUGCAUUUAUAUUUCAGAUCUUUUAUUGAAGCAUCAUUGCUAUCUGGUGACUGUCUACUGAUAUAUAACUUAUGGUUGGCAAUUAAAAUGUACCAUGCAUGUAAUUGUAGGGGAAUGUUUUAUUAUUUCAGCAGGGUAACAAUGUUCUGGCUUCAGAGCUGGACGCUGCAGCUGGCAAAAUGCUCAAGACCACCACUGCGACGGCUGUUGUGUGAUGCUAGGACCAAUUUACCUGUGUUAAUGUUGUUCACCAAGAACCCAUGCCCCUUGUGUGAUGAAGCCAAAGCAGCGCUUGAGCCAUAUAAACAUAAGUUUAUUUUGCAGGAAGUAGAUAUAACCCUUCCAGAUCACUCAGCCUGGUUUGAAAAGUAUAAGUACGACAUACCCGUCUUUCAUCUGAAUGGGCAAUUUCUAAUGAAGCAUCAAGUGGAUAUACAAAAACUGGAGAAUGAGCUAUGUAAACUCGGGUUGCAAGAUCAUGUCAACAGGUAAAGAAAAAAUGAAGCUACUCAACUGCAGACAAGGAAUGAACAUUCAGAUAAAUUUUACAAAUGAAACUGUACUAACUGCAUGGAUUUCUUGAAAUUCAAUGUGCACAUUUAAUCCAGUGUCACUGAUCCAUUUUUCCUUCGGAUCAAUGUGCAGUCUUCUAUUUAGUUUCAUAUCCAGCUGCAAAGGCAGUGUGGCAUGCCUAAGAGUCCCAAUGAACUUCAUGAAAUUUCCUUCCAAGUGGGCAUGUAUAGGUUUGUACUGUAAAUGACAUGAAUAAAUAAAAUGCCUUUUUUCCACUGGAAGAUUUGCUUCCGUGUUGUUCACAUGGUGUUACCUGACAAUAUAUAUAUGGAAAAGUUAUGUCUAUAUACUGUUUUGCUCCUGGGGACUUAGGAAUGCUCUUUAGCUUCUCAUGCUCCUCAAAGAAGAGAAGGAACACACUCUUUUUUGAAACAGACUGCUCUGGAUUAAAGAAAUUUGCUCAAGAUCCUAAAAUAGCAUUUUAGCUUUUCUGCGACUAAAGACAGCACAUAAAAUCUAUAUUGUUAUUUAAGUUUAUUGGGAAAAUCUAAGUGUUUGUGGCUCACACUAAUACAAGAUAGCUCAGAUCAGAAUUCUUUUAGUAAAACCAAGCCAGCAUAAUGCCAGUUUUCUCUGAAAUGAAAUGGACAUUCUGGAUAUGAUUCCCUGUGCCAGAUCCCCUGUCCAUUUUUUACAUGUUAUUUAACAGCAUACAGUUUCUUUUAGGUCUUCUAAAAGAAGUUAGUGGUUUUGUCCUUAGGCUCGGGUUAUAUACCUUUAAGGAAAGUGCAAACAAUUUUCAACCAAGGUUAGGAAGUUCACAUUCUUCUUUUAAAUAGCAACUGGAGGCAGGUUACAUGAGUGUCAAACGUUGUUGCAGAAAGAGUGUUUUGGCCUAAAGGUCUUUUGGAUUUAUUUGACAGGAGGAGAGCCAUUUCACCCAAAUGAAAAAUAAGUUACCAUGGAUGGAAGUGGCUUUGGAAAGGCUGGCAUUUGUAAGGGCUAAGUGACUGUUCCAUAGAAUGUCACAGGUGACUGAAAUACAAUAUACAGCUGGAACCUGACAGAAAAAGUUCAACUAUGGAACACUCCUAUUCGAGGUUCCAGCCAGCCAUGUCCUCUUCUGUGAUUCAGUCCCAUUGCCACCACAGCAGUGUUCACUGUCCUUGCUCAGUCCUCACUGAACUGUUUUCAUUUCUUCCUCAUUAGAGUUUCUUCCUAAAAGUUUUGUUUGUGUUUACUUGUGCAGAGUUGGAGUUCCCUCAAACCUGGUGAUAUCUCCCUUUUGUGUGUAGAUAGGGUAUUUUAGCUACAUUUGGAUAGGCACUGAGAGAAUGAAUUUGCUUUUAGUAAUUCUGGAUUCCUAUAAUUUAUGUUUUUUCUAGACAAGUAAAAUAAAGAUGUUGAACCUGUGUGUUGC